UCAGAGUUAACCGCCCAUUUGUUGUUUACAAACGAAAACAGCUGAUCGAAAUAUUAAAAAAUGCCGUUGAAAACGAUUCCAAAUGUGUUAUCUCCACAUUUGCUACAGGUCCUAGCACUGAUGGGACACGGAGACGAAAUAGUUUUGGCAGAUGCUCAUUUUCCAUCAUCCUCUAUCUGUCGAAGUGGACCAAUUGAAGUUAGAGCUGAUGGUUUGGACAUUCCUACAUUGUUAGAUGCGGUACUACAGUUACUUCCCUUAGACCAAUACGAAAACUUUCCAGUUUCUUUAAUGGAUUUAGUACAGAGUGAUAAAGAUCGCAACCUACAGACCCCAGUCUGGUUAAAAUAUAGACAAAUAAUUGAUAAACACGAGAGUUCAAAGAUACAGACAGAAAAGGUUGAAAGGUUUGCAUUUUACGAAAAAGCAAAGAAGGCAUUUGCAGUUGUUCACACAGGGGAGACUGCACAGUAUGGAAAUAUAAUUUUGAAAAAGGGAGUUGCUGUUUAAAUUGUUUAAUGUCAACAUAAGAUUAACUGUCCUGUGACAACCAUUUUCCUUUAAAGAUGUACUGCUUGCUGAAAGGAAGUGGAUUCCCGAAAUAUAAUUUAAUUCGGUGCAAUAUACAAAAACUAUUUAAAAUAUUAUUUUUAUACAUUAAUUUUUUGGGAUAAAUUUUACAAUGAUAAUAAAAUAGUGAUGAAAGUAAUGAUGUAUUAAAGGUGGGUAUAUGUUAAUAUUAUUGCUGAAUAAACAUGAAUGUUUAAUAAAAUAUGUAUAUUGGC